GCGAAGGAAAGCCGGAAGUAGGCGGAGUGGGAGGAGCCGGUAGAGGGCGUGUCGGGGCGUGGGCUGGCUGCAGAAGGGUUCCGAUGGGCGUGACCAGCCGCCCCUACUGGGGUUUUGAUCAAUUAGGUGCACUCACAGCAGCCAGCCGUGUCCCUCCGUCGUCUCCUGGGGGCGGGUCACCACUGGCCCCGCCCCAUCCAGAAAGCUCCCUCUUAGACAAUUUCCCCUCGGUCUCCGAGAUUUGACCGGAGUUCGGCUGCUGACCUCCAGUCCCUCGGUGGUCUCUAUCAGCGAUGGAGGGCGCCGAGGAAAACCCCGCGGAGUCUAGCUCCUCCGCCCCCAGGUCCGAAGAGCCUGCCGGCUCGGCCAAGGGCCGCGAGGUAUUGCCUCCCGAGGAGCCGGAGGGCUGCGCCCGGCCCCUGGAGACAACUCCUAAGAAACUUUGUGGAUAUCUAAGUAAGUUUGGCGGCAAAGGGCCCAUCCGGGGCUGGAAAUCCCGCUGGUUCUUCUACGACGAGAGGAAAUGUCACCUGUAUUAUUCGCGGACCGCACAGGAUGCCAAUCCCUUGGACAGCAUCGACGUCUCCACUGCAGUCUUUGACUGCAAGGCAAACGCUGAGGAAGGGACUUUCGAAAUCAAGACUCCCAGCCGGAUUAUUACUUUGAAGGCCGCCACCAAGCAAGCGAUGCUGUACUGGCUGCAGCAGCUGCAGAUGAAGCGCUGGGAGUUCCACAACAGCCCACCUGCACCUCCCGCCACCCCUGACGCUGCCCUGGCUGGGAAUGGGCCCGCCCUGCGCCUCGAGCUAGAGCAAGAGGAGGCGGAGCUGGAGGAGUUCCUGUGUCCUGUGAAAACGCCCCCUGGACUUGUGGGCCUAGCAGCUGCCUCCCAGCCAGUCCCUGCCAUGCCCUUGGCUCUUCAGAAUAUUUCCCUCAAGCACCUGGGAACUGAGAUACAAAACACGAUGCAUAACAUCCGGAGCAACAAGCAGACCCAAGGAACAGGCCACACUCCCCCAGGAGAAGAUUCCCCACUGAGCGAGGAGCCCCAGAGGGAGGAGCAGCCCUCAUCCCCUGACCCCGGCACCCCAGGGAAGGACUCAGCAGAUUCUCUGAAGCCUCCCAAGUCCUUUCUGAGCACCAAUCUCAUUCAAAAAGCCAAACUCCAGAGCAGUACCUUCCCACUGUUCACCGAAGGGCUCAUACGGAACCGAACCGCCCAGGAGAAAGUGCUGGCCUUGGAGCAGCAGGUUCUGAUGCUCACCAAGGAGCUAACGGCUCAAAAGGAGCUGGUGAAGAUCCUGCACAAGGCUCUGGAGGCUGCCCAGCAGGAGAAGAGGGUGUCCAGCAUGUACCUGGCAGCUGCCGAGGACAAGGACCGGCUGGAGCUGGUGCGGCACAAAGUGCGGCAGAUCGCGGAGCUGGGCAGGAGGGUGGAGGCCCUGGAGCAGGAGCGGGAGAGCCUGGUGCAGACGGCGAGCCUGCGGGAGCAGCAGGUGCAGGAACUGCAGCAGCAUGUGCAGCUGCUCAUGGACAAGAACCAGGCCAAGCAGCAGGUCAUCUGCAAGCUCUCUGAGAAGGUCACCCAGGACUUCAUGCGGCCCCUGGCAACUCCAGAUGCGGCCAACAGGGACUUUCUGAGCCAGCAGGAGAAGAUGGAGCACCUGAAGGAUGACAUGGAAGCAUACCGGACCCAGAAUCGCUUUCUCAACUCCGAGAUCCACCAGGUCACAAAGAUUUGGAGAAAGGUGGCUGAGAAGGAGAGGGCCCUCCUGAUGAAGUGUGCCUACCUCCAAGCCAAGAACUGCCAGGUGGAAAGCAAGUACCUGGCGGGGCUGCGGAGGCUGCAGGAGGCCAUAGGGGGCGAGGCCAGUGAGUGCUCAGAGCUGCUGAGACAGCUCAUCCAGGAGGCACUGCAGUGGGAAGCCGGCGACUCCUCUGCCGACAGCGUCGUGCUGAGCCCCAUCAGCGAGUACGACGAGUACGGCUUCCUGACAGUGCCCAACUACGAGGUGGAAGACCUGAAGCUGCUGGCCAAGAUCCAGGCGCUGGAAGUGCACUCCCACCACCUGCUGGCCCACGAGGCGGUGGAGCGGCCGCUGCGGGAGCGCUGGGCAGCCCUAGGGGAGCUGGCCCCCUCAGCUGAGCUCAAGCAGCUGCUGCGGGCGGGCGUGCCCCAUGAGCACCGGCCGCACAUCUGGAGGUGGCUGGUCCGCUUCCGCGUCCAGCACCUGCAGGCCCCCGGCCGCUACCAGGAGCUGCUGAGCCGGAGCCAGGCCUGCAAGCACCCCGCCGCCCGGCAGAUCGAGCUGGAUCUGAACCGGACCUUCCCCAACAACAAGCAUUUCACCUGUCCCACCUCCAGCUUCCCUGACAAGCUCCGCCGGGUACUGCUGGCCUUCUCCUGGCAGAACCCCACCAUCGGCUACUGCCAGGGCCUGAACAGACUGGCAGCCAUCGCUCUGCUGGUCCUAGAUGAGGAGGAGAGUGCCUUCUGGUGUCUGGUGGCCAUCGUGGAGGUCAUCAUGCCAGCUGAUUACUACAGCAAGACGCUCUUGGCAUCCCAGGUGGACCAGCGGGUUCUCCAGGACCUCCUCUCAGAGAAGCUGCCCAGGCUGAUGGCCCACCUGGGGCAGCACCGUGUGGACCUGUCCUUCAUCACCUUCAACUGGUUCCUCGUGGUCUUUGCAGACAGUCUCAUCAGCAACAUCCUCUUCCAAGUAUGGGAUGCCUUCCUCUACGAGGGCACCAAGGUGGUGUUCCGCUACGCCUUGGCCAUUUUCAAGUACAACGAGGAGGCGAUCCUGAGGCUGCAGGAUGGUCUGGAGAUCUACCAGUACCUGCGCUUCUUCACCAAGACCAUUUGCAACAGCCAGAAGCUGAUGAACAUCGCCUUCAACGACAUGAACCCCUUUCCUAUGAAACAGCUGUGGCAGCUGCGGACGGCCCACCGGGAGCGACUGGAGGCUGAGCUGCACGAGCUGGAGCAGUUCAAGGCAGAGUACUUGGAGACCCGGACGUGCCAGGGCCCCGCGGUGCCCGAGAGUUGCACCAGUGAGGAUGAGGGGGACUUGGAGGCCUGACUUGGUCACCUGCCCUCCCCAAAUCCCUUUCUCACCCUUGGCUGGCAGGCCCAUAGGACAGCCAUGGAGGUGAUCCAGGCCCCCUACCUAAGCCCCAUCACCAUGUGACCCUAGGCAAGUCCCUACCAUUCUCUGGGACUCAGUCACCCCAUUGGGACACUGGCUUCUGAAGCCAUUGGUUGGGUUAUCUGCUCAUGACACGUCUCCAGGAUGCACCCCUUCUCAUUCCUCCAUAGAGCACUUUAGUACACAGACAAUCAAGAGUGCUGUCUUUAUAGGGUAACCUGAACAUUCCCCAGGUUUUUUCUGUGUAAAACAGUGUAAAUAUUGGAAAUAGUU